UUGGCAAGCAAAGACCAAACUAUAUGAUAAAAAUUAGAAACCCAGCAUGACAUAUUACAUGCCCGAGUGAAAUGUGAGAAAUCCAAGUCAAUAGCAUACAGGAAACCAAAAAGAAAUGAGCUUUCUCGCGGGAAGAUUAGCCGGGAAAGAGGGAGCCUAUUUUCUCCAGGAAUCGAAACAGGCGGUGGGCCGCCUCGUAUCCCAGAAGAAGAAGCUCCCAUCAUCGCCGUCCGAAGCUUCCUCCGCCGCGACAGAGCACGAAUCGCAAGCCGACGUGCUUCCGGAGGUCCUGAGGCACUCUCUGCCCUCCAAGAUCUUCCACCAACCUUCCGAAACGACGUCGUCUCUGGACACGGCCUCCAAAUGGGUUCUUGAAUCCGAUUCCAAGAACGGCCAUUUCGUGUCCGCCGAGGCUCUCAACCCUCUGAGGGCUUACCUGUCGCUGCCCCAGGUCACUUUUGGCACCAAAAGGUGGCAACUGCCGGAAUCAGAAAGCUCAUUGUCAGCCUCGACGGCUAAUGAGCUGCGUCGAGACAGGCAUACUACCCACAUUAAUCCUGAAAAGUUGAAGGCUGCAGCCGAAGGGUUUACUCAAAUUGGGAAGGCAUUUGCUGUUGCAACUGCAGUAGUAUUUGGUGGUGCCACCUUGCUAUUAGGAAUGGCCGUCUCAAAAUUACAGUUGCAAAAUAGUGAAGACGUCCGAACAAAAGGGAGAGACCUUAUGGAGCCAAAACUGGAGAUGAUUCAGUAGGAACUAGCUCCCUUAAGAGCUUGGGCUGAAAAAACGUCGAAGAAAUGGCGCUUGGAAAGGGACGAAAAUAUAAAAGAGAAGCCAAUUAUUAAGGCGCUUGCUAAAAUGUUGGGUCCAAAGACAUCCAAUUAACAACAUUAUUGCUUAUUUUUUGUCUGAAUCUAUGUAAAUAGUUCCUAUUGGUGGUGUUUAUGGCUGUGGAUACGAAGUUUGAAGAGUGGUCAGACCGGUGGAGAAAAAGGAAAAUGAUAGAAAUAGGUGUUGUAUGAAUAAUGGCUGCCUUCCCUUUUGGGGGCAUGGUGUUGUAUAAGUAAACACUAGUUGCCUGUGUGUAUUCUUUGGUUUGAGAAGAGAAGCCUUGUUUUCCUCCUUGGUUUGUAAUUAAAGUCACUAUCUAAUCGA